AUGCGUUGUCAACCUACGGAAUUUCUCUACAGAUUGAACCCACCAACAGUCUUUUCUCUUGCAUCGGCUCUACAGAAUUACAUCAACUCAGACCAUCCUUCCCAUGGCCAAAAGAUCCAUUCCCACAUCCUUAAAACUGGGUUCAAACCCGAUGUUAAUAUCUCUAUCAAGCUCCUUAUACUUCAUGUCAAAUCUUCUUGCUUGUCGUACGCUCGCCAUGUGUUUGAUGAAUUGCCUCGACAAACUUUGACGGCGUAUAAUUACAUGAUCUCGGGCUAUAUAAGAGAUGGGCUUGUUGAGGAAUCUUUUGAUUUGGUUAGAAAGCUGUGUUCUUCUAAUGAAAUGCCUGAUGGGUAUACCUAUUCCAUGAUCCUGAAAGGGUCAACUAGUGGGAAUGUAGCAAUACGUGCACGGUCUAUAGGGAGGGAGGUUCAUGCUCAGAUUUUGAGAUCUGACGUUGAGGUUGAUGAUGUGCUUUACACAGCUUUGGUUGACUCAUACGUGAAGAGUGAGAGGGUGGCGUGUGCGAGAAGAGUGUUUGAUUUGAUGUUGGAGAAGAAUGUGGUAUGUUCUACGUCAAUGAUCACGGGUUACAUGAACCAUGGGCGUGUGGUGGAUGCUGAGGAUGUGUUUGCGAAGACGGUGGAGAAAGAUGUGGUGGUUUACAAUGCUAUGAUUGAAGGUUAUAGCAAGUCAAUCGAAACAGCCAAGCAGGCGAUUGAGUUUUAUAUUGAUAUGCAACGGCUAAGAUUUAGGCCCACCAUAUCAACUUAUGCGAGCAUCAUUGGAGCUUGCUCUGUGUUAUCAGCUUUUGAAAUCGGUCAGCAAGUUCAAGCACAGCUUGUGAAAACAGAGUUUUUAACGGACAUAAAACUGGGAAGUGCUCUGAUAGACAUGUUGGCAUCAAGGUAUACAGCUGACACAAGCCAGGAAGUUGUAAUUUGUGGUCAACCGUGGCAAAAAUUAUUUGUGAUGUUUGGCCGAGAAGAAGAAGAAGAAAGAGCAGAUAUGUGCUUUUCCUGUGGUGAUGAUUGUCGGUGCCGCCCUUUGGGGUUUCUGCUCGGCCUUCCCUUUGCCUUUGUCUCUCUUCUCCUCUCCAUAAUCGGAGUUGUCAUCUGGAUUGUCGGGAUUACGCUGAGCUGCUUGUGUCCAUGUUGCUUGUGCGUGACUGUGUUGGUAGAGCUCGGUUUGGCUUUAGUCAAGGCUCCAUUUUCCGUCAUGAAGUGGUUCACCGAGCAGAUUCCCUGUUAG